AUGAGUACUAUCCAGCUUCCCCCCGCUGCUCAUCGCCAGCGUACUGUGCCUCAAGGUGAACUCGAGGCCGCAUCCACUCUCCGCCUGGGCGCAGACCAACACACCCACACGCUCUCACUGUCCGAGGCACGACUCGUUAUUCACAAGGUGCUGGAGAACAAGCGACGAGGAGGAAACAAGUACGAGGAGCCAGAGAACUUGACCAAGACACUUGAUUACUUGGAUGUGUUUGCCCGAUUCAAGGAUGAGGAGAACAUCAAGGCUGUUGAGCGAUUGUUAAACUCGCAUACAGAGCUUGAGAUGUUUGAGCGAUCGCAGCUAGGCAGUUUGUGCUGUGACAAUGCCGAGGAAGCCAAGUCGCUUAUUCCCAGUCUCCAAACCAAAAUUUCGGACAGUGAUUUGCAGGAGUUGCUGGAUGAGCUGACCAAGCUCCGUAACUUUACUGAGUAA